CCAAGAUGAAGAUGCUCCUUCUCCUCCUCGCCAUAGCGUCGUUAUGCAUCGACACGAACGUCAGUCAGUCAGCAGAUCGUAGCAGAUCGAUGAUACCAAUGGUCUUGCGUCUGGUGUCCCUCUCUGCGUGUGUGCGUGCAGGGUGCCUUCGUGCCUUCGUGGCGACCAUCUCAGCUGCAGCCUCUCUCUUGCAACAGGUGCAAACAGAACAGCCACACGAACGAACAGACGGAUCUCAUGAUGCACUCACUCAGUCAGCUGUGUGUUCUCUCUCACAUCACACAGGCGCCGAACGACGAGGCUGCAACAGAGGUCACUGCAAGAUGACGAGCGUGAAGCCCCAGAGCCACCACCAGCAGGAGCAACAGCAGCGGCUGAUCGGCUAAGCAAUCUUGUGAUCGGGUGCCUCACAUCACUGCUGGCACUGCUGCUGGUCAGCAAACAAACAACAGAGAUAAGUUAAACACGAUAGGUCGUCAGUAUUUUGGCAUGCCGCUGUGUCCCUCUCUCUGUGUGUCGUGUGUCAGCCGGCGCUUCCCCUGUGCCCUUCCCCCGCCUCUCCCACACUCGCCGCUGAUGCUGCAGUGGCCACGCCGGCAGCUUUGGGCCCGUCAUCGCGACCGAUGUUUCCUUUUCACGAUCUGCACGCCGACGCCUUCCCCCUGCCACCCUGGGCCAUACCUGAAGACCUCUCGCCGAGAGAGAAGAGGAUUCUACAGGUAGGUACCUUUGGUGGAUUUGGUGGCUCGCUGCCGACAAUGGAUAUGUGUGUGUGUGUUUGUGUGUCAGGCUGAGCUGUACAAGGCUGUGGUAGACAGCGGCGACCCUGAGAUGGUGUUCAAGGCCAACAAGGCCAUUGUGGAGCAGGUCUGGCAGAUCGCGAGUCUGCUGUUCUAUGAUCCAACAGGUACCUGCGACAUGGAGAGAGAGAGAGAGAGAGAACACAUGCAUAUCAACGGCACCCGAUACAUCAUGUGUGUGUGUAGGUGGUGAGAAGUUCGAGCCCUCGGACAAGGCGUGGCGUCAGGCGCUCAACCAGUACCUGUACCCCACCAUUCCAAACUCCAAGGCCGACGCGCUGACCACCGUGGACGGCACCAGGAAAGCCAUCAGAGACCUGCUCAGCUUCCUACAAGACCCUUACACAGGCACACACACACACACACACACACAGAGAGAGAGAGAGAGAGAGGGGCAGGGGGAGGACCUCCUGUGUGGUUGAUCGCAUGACGUCAUCAGAGUACAUCCCGCCGAAUCGUGUCGAGCAGGUGGAGGGACGGCCCUCGCCCUCACAGACCAACUUCCAGAACAGAAUUCGCACCACUUCCACAGACAAUGGCCACAAUGGCAACAACGUCAACGGCUACGAGGGUGCGACACCUCCCCAGCAGCAGCGGCAGCGGCAGCAGCCGGCGAGCAUCGGUGUGCAGAUUGCGUUGAAGAGCGUGGCUAUGGGCAACAAGGGCCCAGUGUCCACGGGGAGGGGCAAGACCACCGUCGCAGAAAUCGUCGGCGGUGAGAGUCAAGAGGAAAGAAAAGCACAAAGGAGAGCGCGUGACUGACGCCAUGCAUGUGUUGCUGCCUCUGUGUGUGUGUGUGUGUGUGUGGUGCAGUGUACCCCUCCUCCCCUGCCGAGUCGUGUGGGCUGCGGAUCGGCGACUGCAUCGUCAGCAUCGACAACACAGACGUGCCGAAAUCGGUAGAUGAGGUACGCGCGCACCUCUCCCCCUGGCCAGCACACGCAGGGCACCGAUACGCGCAUUCAUUCACACAGGUUUAUCGGAGGCUGGAGGGGCCCCAGGGCUCCGGCAUCAAGCUGACCAUCCAGCGGCAGCCCACACAGGCCGACAUGACAGAGGUAGACACCGACAUCUCUCUCGUCAUGUCGGGCGGCGCCGGGGCGAGGGACGGCUCAUACGAGCCCUGGAACCUGCCGCUGAAGGUGGAUGUCGAUCUGAGGCGAGACAACGGCGUCUUGCCGCCACUGGUGGCCGAGUGGGUCCCUCUGCAAAGGUAUCAGGACGAGGAGAAGGGGUCUCUGAAACGGCUGUUGGGGGCCUGGGGUGCGAGAGAGCCGGGAGAAGGGGAAAGGAUCGCAUACCUUAGGUAGGUACGUCGGAUCAGUGACCACGACUUAUGCGAAUAAGUGUCCACCUACCGCACGGCAUGGUUCGGUGGUGUGGGUCUGUCUGCAGGCUGCACUACUUCUCCAGGUCGACAUUCAACAAGUUGCUGCCCGUCCUCGACGCAUUUGAGCGGGGACAGGCUGUCGUCGACGGCAGGACGGGCGCAUCCCUGUCGGAGCGCCAGACUUCAGCGAACAGCCCACCUCUCGGAUGUAACACUCACUCAUAGACAGAGAAAGAAGCGGUGCCAUUCACCCACCAGCCGCCGAUCCGUCGUUGUUGUUUGUGUCUCCCUGUGUGAGUGCAGACAUCAUCGAUCUGCGCAACAACUACGGCGGUGUGUUUCAGGAGGCGAUGCUCAUCGCCUCCCUCUUCCUUGACGACCCCAACGCACCCACACCCACACCCACACCCAACCCCGCCCAGCAGCAGCAGCAAGGCCAGGAGACGGCGGCAGUGUCUACCAGGAUGUUCGGUGGUGGUGGGCGUGUCACUGAUGUGCCUGUGCUGUACUGGAUGAUCACCUCCUGGCCAAACAGGGAGUCGGGUAGCUAUCUCACCAAACAUACAGGUGCGGUGUGGUGCGCACGGGGGAAGACGACACGACACAAGAGAGAGAGAGGAACACUCCGUUAUGAAUGAGUGCUGUGGUGUCUGUCUGCCAGUCGAUGAGUUCCACUUCGACAGGCGGUUUCCCAAUGAGGUCGGCUCCAUCCGCAACCUCAGGAGACCACCACCACCAACACCACCUACUGCCGAAGACGGCACGCUGCCGGCGGCCAGCCUGUCCCCUUCCCCUCCCUCUCCCUCUCCCUCCCGGCCUCCCCCAGUGGUUGUGCUGGUCAACCGAGGCACGGCGAGUGCCGCAGAGAUCUUCGCAGCCGCUCUGCGUGAUAACGGACGCGCCGUGGUAGUGGGGGAGAGGACGUACGGGAAGAGCCUCAUCCAGCAUUUCUUCCCGCUGCCUGACGGUGGGGCGCUGAAGCUGACGAUAGCGGAGUAUCUCACUCCCAAGCGGCAGCACGUGUCGCCUUCCCGUCUCGGAAACCCUUAUGGCGGAAUUGCCCCUGACCUGCUGUGUCUGGCGUCGCCUACGGGGGAUCGAGGGGCGCCUAUGGACGUCUGCACGCAGAUGGCCGCUCUCAGGAUUCUCAGAUCGGAGAACCAGUGAUCGAGAGGAAUAUGUGGGUGUAUCUGAUUGGGUGUGGUUGUGUGUGGGGGUGAAUUGUUGUGUAGGCAUACAUAUGGUGUUGUGGUUGUGGCUAGCCUUCCUUGUGAAAGUCCGUGUGUUUUGUCCCAUGUGGCUGGCUGUACAUAAUUGAGAGAGACAGACAGACAGACAUGAUGCUAUGCAGAGCUGGCUGGGCUGGGUAGGGCAGAGGCAGGCACGACUUUUUGCCACUCACUCACUCACUCAGUCACUGGUCUGUCUGACCCCCUAACGAAGGUUUUGACCAGCAGCUGGUGAGGAACUGACCGUGUGGAUGGCGAUGGAUCGACUCACUCGACGAAUGGAUAGAUCGGUCGAGCUCUCGUGUCAUCCACACA